AUGUGUGCAAGUUCUGCACCAAAUUUGGUGUACAAGCGAAGGAAUCUACAGAAUAAAUCUGUUGCAAUUUUUACCACUCAGUCAGGAUCAAACACUAAACCUACAGGUGUUUGUCUUUCCUCUGUAAGUUCUGAGGGGCCUUCACCAACAGCAGAGAAGGAGCAUCUUGGUUCUCAGAUCAAGCCUGAAAUAGGUGCUGUCAAAGCUUCUGUUAUACCUACAGAUUUAUGCAAUGGGGAACUUGUUGGUGGAGAUGCAUCCACAUGCCAGAAGCUUUACCCAGAGAAGUUGGGUGAUGUUCCUUGUAAAAAGAUUGACUACAAAUGUGGUUUCAAUGUUAAUUCCAAGGCUGAUUUUGUUGUUCGAUGUUCGGUUGGAGAAGAGCAUGGGUUUGAUGAAGCACCCUGCAAUAGUGUAUGCAAAUGUCCCUUGGAGUACUAUAGUGUAAAUGAUAGCUGCUCAUCAUCAAAAUCAAAUACGGAUCUUGGAUCAGCUUCCCCUAAGAUUGAAGUGGACGAUUUUGGGGAAUGCUCCUCUUCUGAUAUUCUGGGCAGGGAAGUCCUGGCAGAAGAUCACUUGGAAAAGGAACUAUGUAUCUCUAUUCUCAGAAACUAUGGGCUGCUUGAAGGAGCUUUGCCUGUUGGUCCUUGUGCUGCUGUUGAAGUCUUGGGUGUCAGUAAUGAUGGAAACUCUUCUCAGCCAUGUAAAGUAUGUGGUCUUUCAGAAAACCCACAAAAUAUGCUAAUUUGUGAUCAUUGUGAAGAGGCCUUUCAUGUAUCUUGCUUGAACCCCAAGGUUAAAAAACUACCAGUUGAUGAUUGGUUUUGUCAACCAUGUUUAAAAAGAAUGCGUAAGCUUGAGAGUGCAGCUAGGAAAUCAUCUGAAUCUCGGAGUAGGGCUUCCAAAGGUGAAUCAGGACCUAUAUCCUUAAUGUUGAGAGACAUUGGGCAAUAUAGGUCUGGUGUUCGGGUCGGUAAAGGUUAUCAAGCAGAUGUUCCUGAUUGGACUGCUUCAGUAUCCAAUGAUGUUGGUUGUUUUGGUGAGCCACAAGAAAUUGAUCUUGCAGAGUGCAUUAGUUCGCAUGUUUGCAACUUGAACAAGCCAACACCCAGCUCCAUAGGUAAUUGGCUUCAAUGUCAAGAGGCUCUAUACAAUGAUGCCGGAGAAGCUAUUGAGGGAACUAUUUGUGGAAAAUGGCGCAGGGCUCCACUUUUUGAAGUUCAAACGGAUGACUGGGACUGCUCUUGUGCUGUCCUUUGGGACCCUAUCCAUUCUGACUGUGCUGUUCCUCAGGAGCUGGAUACUGAUCAAGUUCUAAUGCAUCUCAAAUAUAUAGAAAUGUUGAGGCCACGAUUGGCUGCUAAAAAGCGGAAACUGAGUCACAGUGUGAAUGAAGAGGACAAGAAAGUAUAGUGUUAGAUUUUGAUGGUAAUGACUUUAUUAUUUAUGUUUGUAUACAUCUUACCUUGUCAUGUAUUAUGUACAUUGGUCAAAUAGGCUUCAGAUUCCUUAUUAUUGAGCCAUUCUUUUUCCCCCUCUAUGAUGUGUUAAAUCACAUUCAUACAACUUUCACAAUUUUGUAUGACCAAGAGUCAACCGAUGUUGUAACGAAAUGACCAGUCAAUUACAGUACAA